AUGACGGAUAUUCGCUUCAAGCUUAACACCGGUGCUACCAUCCCCGCCUUGGGUUUGGGAACCUGGCAGAGUCCAGAAGGCCAAGUCCGCGACGCCGUUGCACAUGCCAUCAAGUCGGGCUACCGGCACAUCGACUGUGCCUAUGUCUAUGGAAACGAGAAAGAAGUUGGGGAGGGCAUCAAGAAAGGCCUGGAGGAGACGGGCAUUUCCCGAAGCGAGCUCUUCAUCACCACCAAACUGUGGUGCACCUACCAUACCCGCGUCGAACAGGCCCUCGACACAAGCUUAAACCUCCUGGGCCUCGACUACGUCGACCUGUAUCUUAUGCACUGGCCAGUGGCUAUGAACCCGAACGGCAACCAUGAAAAGUUCCCCAAGCUGCCUGACGGUUCCAGAGAUUUGUUACGCGACAGAUCUCACAUUGACACCUACAAGGACAUGCAGAAGCUGCUGGCCACAGGCAAGACAAAGGCCAUUGGCGUGUGCAAUUACUCCAAGAAGUUCCUCGAGGAGUUGUUGCCCCAUGUCGACGUGGUCCCUGCCGUGAACCAAAUCGAGAACCAUCCACUGCUUCCCCAGCAGGAGAUUGUCGACUUGUGCCAUGAGAAGGGUAUCCACGUUACCGCAUACAGUCCGCUCGGCAGCACAGGGUCUCCUCUGAUGCAAGAUCCUCAUGUUGUCAAGCUGGCCGAACAGAAAGGAGUCAGUCCCGGAAGCAUCCUGCUGAGCUACCACAUCGCAAGAGGGAACUCGGUGCUCGCAAAAUCUGUCACUCCUUCUCGCAUUGAUGAGAACAAGGAAAUUGUGUCUCUAGACGACAAAGACUUGGCUUCCCUCGCCGAGAUCUCCCAGAAGGGCGUUAAGCGGUUUGUCUAUCCGGAAUUCGGAUUCGACUUUGGUUUCCCGGACAAAUCUUGA